AUGGAAAAGGUUUGUGUUGAUGGAGUUACUCCAGACAGACCUCUGGACCCUUCCAUCUUAACAAGAUUGAAGCAUUUUUCUGCAAUGAAUAAACUAAAGAAAUGGUGUCUGCAGGUCAUUGCUGAGAAUUUGUUCGAAGAUGAAAUUGCAGAAUUGAUAGAAAUGUUCAAAAUGCUGGACACUGACAAUAGUUGGCAGAUCACAUUGGAGGAACUAAAAAGUGGCUUAAAGAGAGUUGGUGCUAACUUAAAGGACUCAGAAAUUAUAACACUAAUGGAAGCGGCAGAUAUCGAUAACAGUGGUUCCAUUGAUUACGGAGAGUUCCUUACUGCAACUUCACAUCUCAACAAAGUUGAACAAGAAGAUAAUCUCUUCGCAGCAUUCUCAUACUUUGAUAAAGAUGGCAGUGGUUACAUUACUCAUGAUGAGCUACAAAAGGCAUGUGAAGAGUUUGGUAUUAGAGAUACACACCUAGAAGAUAUUAUCCGCGACAUUGAUCAAGACAAUGAUGGUCUGAUCGACUACAAUGAAUUUGUAAUGAUGCAGAAGGGAAAUAACCCACUAGGGAAAAAGGGUCACGCCCAGAUGAGUUUUGAUCUUAGGGAAGCAUUGAAGCUUGGCUAA